CAGCGGCCGCGCGGCGCUCCGCGGACUUUGCAGGAAGUGCCCGAGCGGAGCCGAGACGAGCCGACGGCCAGGUGCGAGGGGACGCGAGCCAUCUUUCCUCAUUCCUGGCCUGGCUGCCUCGUGAUGCUGCCAGUGCCUGCCUGCCUGGCAAGUCAGAGCAUGUCUGGGCUGCGUGGACAAGCUGCAGAAGAUGGCAGAGCUGCUGGGGCUCAGGGCCGAGCGCGGGGAGGGGGCUGCGGGGGCUGCUGCGCUCGCUGGCUCCUGCCUUGCAGACAACAGGCUGAACCUGGACGUUUAUCCUGACGGCUGCUGCCGCUUCCUCCAGCUGUUCGAGGAGCGACAGGGAGAGGUGGUGCAAGUGGAGUUCCUCCGGCUGAGCAGCAACGAUCGCCUCCUUGGCUCCACACUGGGCAUCCUUCCUCACCUGAAGCACCUGAAGUCCCUGGUGCUCAAAGGUGGCUACACCAGGGAUGUGUUUGGCUCAUGUCAGCAUGGCUCCCUGACAAGCUUGCCAUCGGACUUUGGUAACCUGAGGUGUCUCACCCACCUGGAUCUCAGCUUCAACAAACUCUCCACCUUGCCCCACUGCAUCCUCCACCUCCCCAGCCUCCGUGUGCUCCUGGUGAGCUACAACAGGCUGGUGGCACUCCCUGAGGCCUUCGGCUCUCUGAGCAAGCUGACUUUCUUCUCUGCUAUGAAAAAUCAACUGAAGGAUUUACCUCAGAGCAUUGGGGAGCUGGCAGUGCUGCAGGAUCUGGAUCUCUCAGAAAAUGAUUUGGAAUCCCUCCCCGAAGAAGUUGGAAAUCUGCACAGCUGCACAGACCUGGAUCUCUCAGGGAAUCGCUUAUCAAGCAUCCCAGAGUCUUUUGCCAAUUUGAAGUCUCUGCGCCGGCUACAUCUCCACAGCAAUCUCCUGCUGACAGUCCCUGCCUCACUUGCCAGCCUGCCCAACCUGUCCAGGCUUGAUCUGCAGAACAAUUGCCUACGUGCUGUGCCCCCCGAGAUCCAGACCGCCCCAUUUGUGCACCUCCGAGGCAAUCCCUUAGGACAAACUGAGCCAUCCCCACAGGCUGAUGAGUCCAGUGCCAGAGAGCUACCAAGACUCUUCCUUGCAUCAGGAGAGGACAGCUUUACUGUCACAUCUGAAGGCUGCAAAGUGGUCCUGGCCUGUGGCAUCCAUUUCUGCUUUCCACCGGGGGCGGCCUCUGACCCUCUGCGGAUCUUCUUCCGAACUCUCACACCGGACCCUCAGUGGGUAAAGCUGAGGCACCAUGAUGUCCUGCUGAGUAGAGUCCUGGAGCUGCAACCUCAUGGGGUCAAAUUCCAGCAGGAGGUGCAGAUCUGGAUGCCGUAUGCCUCCCCUCAAACCCUUCGCCAGCGUGAGGUGGUAGUUCGGACGUUCAGUGGGCAGAGCUGGAGUGAUCUGAGAACAAAAGUGGAGCAGAAGAGAAAGUCAAAGAAGCAUGUGGCUCACUGUAGUGUCCUUCACUUCUCUUGGUUCCUCGUUGUCUCCCGACUUGUGCAAAAUGAAUGCAAAGUCCCAACAGAGGGGACGUUGCUCUUUUCCAGUGUAGAUCCAAACAUCAAAGUGACUUUUCCUCCAGGAGUCACCACAGAGACUCGCAGAGUCAAGCUGCAGGUGCUGCCAGUCUCCACAGAAGAGAUAGAGGAAACCACGGCUGCUGCAGGAUGCAGAGCCAGUCCUCUGCUCUGCCUCUCCCAGGACUCCUUGGGGGCUUUUCUGAGGCCAGUGAGAAUCCAGCUGCCUCUCCCACCUGGGGUCACAGGGCUAAAUUUGGAUCAGUCAAGGCUGCAUCUUCUCCAUGGCGACUUGGAGGGCCAAACCUGGGAUGACAUUACCAGUCAGGUGGUGCUGGAAUUCACCCAUCUUUAUGCAGUGUUUGAAGUCACACACUUCUCCUGGUACUGGCUGUGGUACACCACCAAGACCUACAUUGGAGGCAUUGCCAAGAAAGUCUAUGAGCGACUACGUAUGUACCAGGUGAACUUUAUUGCUCUGCAGAGGAAGAAAGACCCCGAGCAAGUCCUGCUACAGUGUGUCCCCAAGCACAAGGUUGACCCAGUGCUGAAGAAGCUGCAGGACCGUUAUCGAGGCCCUGAGCCGUCUGACAUGGUGGAGAUGUUUGAGGGAGAGCAAUUUUUUGCAGCUUUUGAGCGAGGCAUCAGCAUUGAUAUGGAUCGCCCUGACUGUGUGGAUGGACGGCUCUCAUUUAUUUUUUAUUCCCACUUGAAGAACAUGAAGGAAAUCUAUGUGACCUCCCCUGUAGACAGGAAAGGCCAAGCUGUAAAAGGCCAGGUCUCUUUCUACCGAGGGGCAGUUCCUGAGAGCAUCCCUGAAGAUGCCAGCAGGAGGAGGAAAGGACCAAACUCCCUCUGGCUCGCUACUCUACCCAUCAAACUGCCUCGAUUGAGACCCCGCUGGGGUGAGAACCCAGGUCCUCUGAAUGGCUUCUCCUUCCCUCCUUUGAACCUGGGAAAUGCGGAGACCGGGUACCUGACCCAGGCAAACCUGCUGAGCAUAGCCAGGCGUGUGGGAGCCGACUGGCAGGCCAUCGGCCUCAGCCUGGGCUUGACCUACCAGCAGAUCGAGCGCAUAGGGUACAACAACAGAGAGGACCUAGAUAAGCAGAUUCUGGACAUGCUUUUCUCGUGGGCUCAACAAAACUUGGAGGAUCCUGACUGUGUGAGCAAGUUGAUUACAGCCAUGAAAGACAGCGGGCGCCAGGACAUCGCUGACGACAUCGAAGCCAUCAUCAAUCUGGGACGGCAGAAGUACAGGGAGUCCAUCCGGCGGGUGGGCUUGGAGCAGGAGAGCAGCACCGAGGACUCUGCAGUCGCCAUGGUGUAGCACCUGGCAGGAAGCACUGGGUUUCAUGGGGGCUUCCUCUGCAUACCUGGAGUAAUGGAUGUCUUGGGGCUUCUCCUGCUUCAAGGACCAGUGUCUUCCUGAGGAGCUGGAUGCUGAUUUAUUUCUGAGCAGACUACUCAGCUCUCUUGGGUCUACACUCACAUGCCACUUCUGCCAAUCCCAGGCAGCUCAGAGGAUAUUGAGGAGACUUUUCUGCACUUCCUCUUCUUGACUUUGAGCUUUAGCUAUCAGAAACGUGGAGAAACUGAGAGGCUGAAGUGCCUGUCAGUUGAGUAGUGGCUAAAGCAGACCUUAUUGCAUUAAUACUCAUGUUUCAUAUAUUUAUUUAUAACUUAUAUAAGCUGUGUUCCGCUGGAAUCUCUGGCUGUGAGCGUUUGGGUCUAUCUGUGCUCCUGUGCUACGGGUGCUGUGUUACGAAGGCCAAAGGUGAGGUGGGAUGGUCCAGCCAGGUCUCUUAGGGAUGACUUUUGCUCACAUGAAGAUGUGAACUGUGAUCACCAUGAAAAUGUUUUCUAUAUUCUGCCAAAUCUCUUCCAGUUCCCUCAAACCCAACGCAAAACAUAAGUAUUUGUGGGGAAGAGAGACAAAAGUAAUAUCUAGCAAAAAUCUUGUGUUUUGGUUUGGCUCCAAAAGCAGUUUUGGAACAAAUAAAAAUGUCGUGUUGUCCCUAGGCUGCUGCAGCUGCCAGGCUUUCUAGGUGAGACUGACAUGCUGCUGGUCUGAGACAGGGAUUCCAGUUUUAGUUUAGAAAUAAGUAAAAAUCCAUAACCCUGCAGUUUUAGGAGACUCACAUUUCAGUGAAAACAAAUUUUCCCUUGCAGCUGUAAAGGGAUGUUCCUCACAUCCAGUGAAACAGGCCGGUGUGUCAGUGAAGGUGUGAGCCCCCCUGAAGCUCUGUGAGACGCAGGACUUAAAUUGGCAUUAAGACUGGCCUGACCAGCUGUGCAGCAGACACUGGCAGGGGAUUGGCAGGAACUGUGCUGAGCUAACCUCCCAGGCUUGCAGCCUGAGCAUCUCCUGUAAGGCUAGGAGUGUUUAUUGCUUUUUAACUGCUCAGUCAUCGGUUGAGGUGUCCUCUUCCUGUUCCCCAUCUCAUAAUACGCCUCAACUAAUGACCCUCUCAUGACAGUGGGACACUUUAUGCUGGCUUCUUGCAAGACUGCUGUCAUAAUUUCAACUCUUUCAAGACAGGUUUGGAUUGAGUGUAACUGAAUAAAACUGUAUAAACAGUGUAGCUGCUCAAACAGUGUGACUAUAAAAAUGCCAGGUUGCACCAGCCCAAGGCAGCCUGCAGCUGCAGGUCUGAGAAGGCCUGGGGAAGGAUAGGUGGUGUUUUCCCCAGUGCUGUGUCAGACCUGCCAGCAGGACGAGUGAAAGAAAGUCAGUCUACUCUUUUUUUUUUUUUUUUUAAGGCCAUUUUGCCACCUCAGGCUAUGGUGUGAUUAGUGUCCAGUCCAGAGCACUGCACAAAGACUUGCAAACUGGAGUUGCUGCCUUGGGCCCAGGGACUUCCUCAGAUCUGAUUUCUUAGGCCAUAUGGCCCCUCAGGCCUCAUGUUGAGUUCAGGCCAGCAAUUCUUUUUUUAAUGUACUUUUUCUCUGAUAUUGUGUGUCACGUGUUUUUGUCUGUAAUUUUGAUGAAUAUCAGCAAGGUAUUUGUUCUUUCCACCAAUUUUGGAGAGAUGCAUUUGGGCAUAUUGCUCUCAUUGGGAAUAAA